AUGAUAUUCCCGACUAAACGUAAAUCGGCUCAUGUGUGUGGAGAGGUAUAUUGUCACCCUUGUGGUACAUUUAAAGAUCCCAAUCAUAAAUGUUACAUUCAGAUAGACAAGAAAAGCCCAAAAGACCGUGACUACCUAUUUAUUUUCUUUGAUCUGGAAACACGCCAAGAUGAGUCCCUACCCUCAGAUCCCGAGACUAAGUUACAUAAAGUGAAUUUAUGUGUUUCACAACAGUUUUGUUUCAAAUGCAUCAAUGGGGGUGAAUGUGAAUCUUGUUCGGAACGUUAUAAAAUAUUUGAUAGCAAUCCUGUUAGGCAGUUCAUGAACUAUGUAAUGGAAGCCCGCAAACAAUUCAAAAACGUCUGUGUAAUUGCACACAACGGACAAGGGUUUGACUUUCAAUUUAUACUUAGGUAUAUCCUUGAAGAAACAAAAUUCACACCAAACAUCAUCCCAAGAGGAACUAAAAUUAUUUUGAUGGAGGUGGCUAACGUUAGAUUUAUUGACUCCCUUAGCUACUUUCCCAUGUCCUUAUCUGCCUUACCGAAAGCUUUUGACUUACCACCUGAAAAGAAGAAAGGUUACUUCCCACAUUUGUUCAAUACAGUAGCAAAUCAAAAUUACAUAGGCCCUAUGCCUGAUAAAAAGUACUACUGUCCCGAAUCCAUGUUUGAGAAAUCCCAUAAUGACUUUGACAAAUGGUACAAUGAACAGGCUGCUAAAAAGUAUGAAUUUAAUUUAAAAAAAGAAUUAUUGGAAUAUUGCAUGUCAGACGUUGACAUUUUAGCUCAGGCAUGUAUCAAAUUUAGAUCAUUGCUACUUGAACGAUGUAAUGUAGAUCCAUUUCUUGAGUCCCUAACAAUUGCUAGUGCCUGCAAUCUGGCCUUUCGCCGUAACUUUCUAAAACCAAAUACAAUCGGUCUGAUCCCUAAAAAUGGUUACCGGUCUUCUACCCAAUCAGCUGUUGCUCUACAGUGGCUUACCUGGGAGGAGGAAAGACGUGGGGUGACAAUCAAUCAUGCUGGACGUAGUAAAGAGGUUGUUAUAAAGGGGAUGAAAGUAGAUGGGUUUGAUGGCGAAAACAUAUACGAGUUCCACGGAUGUUACUGGCACGGGUGCCCUAAAUGCUUCCCCUAUAAUCGCGAUACCCCAUUAAAAGAGGACCCUUCUGAUUCACUUCAUCUCCGUUACGAGAGAACCAAAGCUAAAAUUGAAAAGCUCGGAGAUGUGGUGCAGAUGUGGGAAUGUGAAUUCCAUAAGCUGAAAAAGGAUCAAAAACUCAACCAUCUAGACAAAUUACCUAUUUUAAGUACACUUCCAUUAAAUCCUAGAGACGCAUUCUUUGGAGGUAGAACAGGAAACGCAAAAACUUACCAUAAAUGCGGCCCUGGAGAGACUAUUCAAUACGUCGAUGUUUGCUCGCUAUAUCCUUUUGUAAAUAAAUACUGUAAAUAUCCUAUAGGUCAUCCAACUAUAUAUGUUGGUAAUAAGGAAUGUAGAAAGAGAGGUAUGGAAGUAGAUGGACUGUUGAAAUGCAAGAUCUUACCUCCUUUCAACUUGUAUCAUCCAGUUUUACCAACACGUGUUCAUGAUAAAUUGAUGUUUGUUCUUUGCAGAACAUGUGGGGAAAUAAUGUACCAGGGGGAUUGUUUUCACGAGAGUGAAGAUAGAGCAUUGGUUGGGACGUGGACAAUGGAUGAGAUUAGGAAGGCUGUAGAGAAAGGCUACAUUAUACAGGAUAUGUAUGAGUUGUGGGAGUAUGAGGUAGCCACAUAUGAGAAAGGAGGGCUAUUCACUGAGUUUAUUGAUAAAUUUUUAAAACUAAAGCAGGAGGCAUCUGGAUACCCUGGGUGGUCUAAGACUGAGGAGGAUAAGAAACAGUACAUUGCAAAAUUUCUUGAGCGUGAAGGUAUAGAAAUGACAAAGGAACAUAUUGUUAAAAAUGGGGGCUUAAGAUCAGUAGCAAAAUUGAUGCUAAACAGUUUUUGGGGUAAAUUUGGGCAAAGGGAAAAUAUGAUGAAAACAUCAAUCAUCCGAGAUGCCAAAGAGUUCUUUCGGUUAUUAACCAAUCCUGAGGGUAAGUUAAAAUACUUUCAGGCUAUUAACCAAGAUGUUGUGCUAGUAAAUUGGCAAAAUAUUGAAGAGGCUAGUGAGUCUUUAAGAACUGUAAAUGUAGUUAUGGCAGCCUUCACUACUGCUCACGCUAGACUAAAGUUGUAUGAACACCUUGAUGCCUUAGGAGAUCAAGUACUAUAUUGGGAUACAGAUAGUAUUAUAUAUUACUACCACGAAGGGCUGUAUAGGGUGCCUACAGGAGAUUACCUCGGCGAAAUGACCGAUGAAUUGGUAGAGUAUGGACCCGGCUCAUACAUUACUGAGUUUGUCUCUGGGGGGCCUAAAACAUACGCGUACCUUGUCUGGUCGACAAAUCAACAGAAAUUUAUCCCGGUUUGUAAAAUCAAAGGGCUUACUCUCAAUAUUAAAACAUCAAAAAUUUUGAAUUUUGGGAAACUAAAAGAGAUGGUUUUAAGUGAAGCUUCUAAAAUCGUUGAAAUUGAUGAGCACAGGAUUAGACGAACAAAAUAUAGAGAUAUUGUAACAACAGAUGAAGUUAAACAGUUUAAGGUAACUGGUCCAAAGAGAAAGUACGAAGGAGAUCAUGAUACUCUCCCCUAUGGAUACAAAAAACAGGAGCAUUGA